GACCGAAGGAUGGAAAAUGGACUACUUACAAGAAGAACCUCGUUGAGCUUUACAAAUUGGAGGAUAAUAAGUAUUCCAUCAAGGACCUUGAAACAAUGACUCAAGAUCAAGAUGAGAGCGUACGGACAUUUGGGAUGCGUUUCCAGAAGAUCUCUGACGUGCUGAUGAAGAAGGGGAAAAUCUCAGAGGUCGAGCGCUGUACUAUCUCCAUCGGACACUUGUCCAAAGGUAGGCAAAAGAGUAUACUUAGAGAUCUUCCGCGCGACAGGCUUGAUUUCCCAGAAGUCCUAACGCUCGUGAUAAAGGCAGAGGCAGACGAUUACAAGGACUUGGUGUGGAGAGGGAUGAGGAGACAUGACUUCUCUCUCUACAAGGAGUAUGCCACGGAUAGAUGUCCUGAUUUAAAGGACUAUCCCUGGUCGGAGAAGAAUGAGGCCGUGGCUGAGGAAGUGAAGCAGAUACGAGACAUGGUGAAGGGAUUGACGAGACAGGUUACAGAGAUUGUAACCACUACAGGGGCCACGGCCUACCGGGACAAACCUAGAGGACCCUAUUCACUUCGCUGGGACCGUAGGAACAACGAUCCCUGGAGGAGUGUCGAGGAUAGAAAUCCUCGGAUGCUGACUGAUUAUCGUACGAGGGAAAGAGAGAGAGGCGAUGAGCCAUUGCGACGUAGGAACGAUGAGAUAGAUCGAGACCGCAGAGAUCGCGAGCCGUUUGCGCGAGCGAGGAGGCUGGAUGAUUACCCGCGAAGCCCUCUCUAUGAGGCCGAUCGGGGUAGAGGCGACUCCCGCGGCCGAUGGGAGACAGAUCAGGGCCGACGAGAUGGAUAUAGGGACGACAGAUACGAGAGAUCAGACCGAGAUGAAUAUAGGGACGACAGAUACGCGAGGUCAGGUCGAGACGGCUACAGAGGUGGUAGGUAUGAAAGAGGAGAUCGGGACUGGGAACGACGAGAUGGGUCGCGCGGACGGUUUGAGCGCAGGGGAGAUGCGAGAGAGCAGCGCGACGAGUCGCGGGGUUGUACAGCCGAGGGGACCGACGCGACGAGUCACGAGGGCGAUAUGACUCAAGGGACUGCCGGAAUGAUUCGUGAGGGCGGUAUGAGCAAGGAGGGUCUGGAGGAGACCGCCGCAACGAUUCGCGCGGUCGGAAUGAGAGAGGAGGAUAUGGCGUCUCAUCAGAACCAUAUUCCAAACGACAGGCCAUCUACUCCCAGGAACUCAUGCGUCUACUGUAGAGGAGAAGAUCAUAUCAAGAGGGAUUGCCCGGACCUUAAACGGGCAAAAGAUGAGGGACUUGUCGUGCUUGACGACCGCAAGUACGUCAAGUGGGCAGAUGGUCUAGGAGAUGUAUCGAUGUUCCCUUCGAUGAAGGGGAAUGUCGAAGCGAGGAGAGUAAAGUCGAGUAAAGAAAAGGAGCCGGUAAGGAGCCAGAGCAUCAAGAUAACCUUUGAGGGGGAUAUGGCGACCACACCCAUAAGGGUGGCAGCCAUUAAGUCGGCGAGAGGGUCUACAUCGAAGAAGACUGAUACGGAUUACGUGAUGAUGGAGAAGGACGGGCAGCGGGUCGAUGGAGAGGAGGUUAUCCUUUCGCCGCGAAAGAGGGGAGUGAAGAAGUUCUUAAUGAAGAGUUCGCUGGACGAGAUUGACACGGUCGAGCCACUGAGGCGGGCCCUUCGGCAACCCAUGCAGUGCUCUAUUCUGGAGUACCUGGCGGCAUCGAAGCCGGCUCGUGAUGAGUUACAGAUGAUCACGUGGAAGACUCGCAUACCUCUAUCGGAGGAGGGUCAGGGGGCCCCUAAGGCGGAAGCUCCUACAGUAGCAGUAACGGGGGUGACUGCCAGAGCGGAUUGCAUGGCGACAGUCCUUCUCGAUGAAAUGGAAGGUGUGCCUCCAGACAAGUUUUAUACACUUGGUAGCGGGGUCGUGGAGACGAUUAUAAACGAUGGAGCGGUACUCGAUGCUGUGAUCGAUAACGGCAGUGAGGCUGUCAUCAUAGACGAGGACCUGGCAGUACAGGUUGGACUAGGCCUCGAUAGGUCAUACCUAUUCGAGAUAGAGACGGCUGAUGGGAGAAAGCAACAGAUCACUGGGGUUUGUCACAAGGCAGCUAUAGAGGUCCAAGGGGUACGAGUGACCGUGCCUGUCUUUGCAGUCAAGAACUGCAGCUCCGACCUGCUCUUGGGUCGAACGUGGCUGAGCCACGUGCAUGCGGUGACGAUAGAGCGACCUGAUGGGAGCCAAACAUUGUCCAUUAGGAAGCCAGACGGGACGUGGGUAAUGAUUGAGACGGUGGAGCCUCGGGACCCAAGGAACAGAGCAGCUCUCGCUGUGGGCGCGAGACCCAGUGAUCAGAUUAAGUCGUUACCUAUCUCCGGUCGCGCGGUGCGAUUUCGCGAGAAGAAAUAUGGACCACUGCUCACAGAGGAAGAAGGUUGGAUCGUGGAGGUGAAAGAUUUAGGGAGUCGGCUAAUAGUGGAUGGCAACUCGUACCUAAAGGAAAAAGAUGAGGAAUUUGGCGGUGUGGUAUCCGUGUCUUUUUUAAGGGCACGGCCCCCUAUGGGGGGCUACCCAAGCGACACAAGCGAGUAGCUCAAAAAGUUAAGCCAGCGGCAGUGGGCCGCGAGCGAUCUGCACUGGAAGGGAUAUCGAAAAAAGAGAUCGCGAAAGAAAUCAAAGAAAGAAAGAAAAACGAGCCGCAACGCCUAACGGAAGA